AGAUUUUAUAACCUAUAACUUGUUACCAAAAUAGUAAAAGUGAAAAAAAAGGUAGUGUCUACGUCAUGCUUCUAAAAUAAGUCCAUCAGUUACUGAAAUAAUGGCCAGUGCUUCAGCUUCAGCUCCUCGCAGGAAUGAAAAUGAAAAGAAAAUAAAUUCCUCUCAGUACCAUGAACGCAAUCGAACAUUCUCAUCAACUACUACAAAUCAUUAUAAAAAUAAGUUGGCGCAGAUAGGCAUUCAAAAGGAUUUGAGAGAGAUACUUGAAAGGAAAAAAUUGGAAAAAGAACAUGAACAGAAUAAUCAGUCCCCCCCUACAAACCUGUCAAAUGAACAGUCUCAAAUUUCAAGGAAGGUUAGAUUUGUAGAAGAAAGAACACCAUUACGUAGAUCCAAAUCUUUCACUUCUGGAACCACUAAAAAUUAUGAUUACAACCUUCAAGGAUAUAAUGAUACUGAAGUCAAAGAGAAGAGCCCGCCUAAAAAAUUCAAUAAAAGCUUCAAAGGAAAAAGAAAAGAAUAUUUUGAUCUCCAAAACCCCACAAAUAUCAAGAUUGAGCUGCAGGCAGAUUCUGGAGAACGUAAAUGUAUUUUGGAUGAGAGUGUGUCUCUGACCACUAUCAAGUGCGACCUAAAACAUUGUAGAAAUAUUUUGAACCAUUCUGAAAACAAAGAAAAAACUGCAUCACAGGCAAACUCGAAGGAAAGAAAUAGGGAUAAAUUUAAAUCGCUGAGUGGAGAUCACGGCAAAUCUUUCAAUAAAAAGAAUAGAGGAUCCCUUGAGAAAUCUAUCAGAAAUGAGGAGCUUGAAAGUAACCAGAACACGUCAAGCAAUACUGAUAAUUGAGGCACUAGGCUGUAAGAUUUUAUAUUUGGUGACUUAGAAGUGGUCAUGAAGGCAGGUAGGAAUUAUUAGGUGGAAAUCUAAACUUUUAGCAGGAUAUGUUAAAUAUUAUUAUAUGCAGAAAUUUUAUGACGUAAAUGAUGGUGCUGUGAACUAUCUAAAGUUUUUAUUUCAUCAAGAAUUCAACAUCAGUCGAUGUUGCAAAAAGGUAUUUUUUUUUAUCUUGGCUUCUAUAAUAUCUUCGAGAAUGUUUUGAAGAAAGUAGAAGAAGACUGCAUGAAAAUUUUUUGGAACUACUGAAGUAUCCCACAUAAUGAUUUCAAAAUGCCCUUCUAUGGAUAAUCAAAAAAAUAUCACGAAGUAUAUUUUCGUACAUUUAAUUUUAAUCUUGUUAAGCAUAUUACAAAAUUCUAAUAUUUGUUAUUAUUUAUUCAAGUUUUUACGACUAUAUAGCUUUAACUGAAGUAUUUGUAUUUUUGUAAGUUAUUCAAAAUUGUUGUAGUUCUCUUUUGAUCAGUAAUUAUUUUUAAUGAAAUUUAUUGUGAUCCAAAUAUACAAAAUAAACAUACUUUACAUGAA